AUGGCCCAUCUCACGUUCUAUAAUAUUGCGAUAAGUUGCUUUGUGGCCCUUGGGUCUGGUAGCUAUGGCUAUGGCUUUGCUGUAUUCCCAACCAGCACUGGGCAGCCAGGGUUUUAUGACUACUUCAACCUUGACGCCAAAAGCUCCUAUACUGCAAACAUUCUAGGGGCAAUCAAUGCGCUCUUCAAUCUUGGCCUAGCACUCGGGGCCCUAACUCAGGGAUGGCUUGCUGAUAGAGUUGGGCGAAAGAGAGCCUUCAUGUUAGCUGCAGUGUGCGCGCUCGCUGGUGCUGCCCUCGUUUCAGGAUCCGUUGCAAUUGGUAUGCUCAUUACAGUACGCUUAUUGCACGGAUUCGGGUUAGGGAUGCUCGUUGGGCUCGUACCAUUAUAUCUUGCGGAGACAGCUCCUCCUCGUUAUCGUGGACUGCUCAUUUGCAUAAACAACUCCUGCAUCUCGAUGGGGUACUUAGUGUGCGGUUGGAUAUCUGUCGGAACAUACUAUGCUGUGGAUCAGACAGUCCAGUGGCGAAUGCCUCUUGCGCUUUCCUGCGUAGGACCGCUGGCGAUGAUUAUUGGUCUCCCAUUUAUUCCCGAGUCGCCUCGAUAUUUGGCUAUGGCAGGCAAGAAGGAUGAGGCCUGGGAAGUGGUCCGCACAAUUCAUCGAGACCCCCGCGAACCCGGAGACGAAGCGGCUCGAGCUGAGUAUACACAGAUCGUUCGACAGACCGAUUUCGACAGAGAGCUGGGCAGCGGUUACCUAAAGAUGUUCACUAGACCAUCAUGGAGGCGCAGAACUUUCCUUGUCAUGUUCUUGCUCUUUGCCGUGCAAUCUACUGGCGUCCUCGGUAUCACGAACUUCUUGAUUCUGAUAUUCCAAAACCUGGGAUACGCAGGCCCCAUGCCUUUGAUUCUAUACGCCGUAUACGCCUCUGCCGGUGAGAUAUGGGUUGUUCUGGGAAUGUUCCUUUGUGACAAGGUCGGGCGCAGGAAGCUCCUCAUCAUUGGCUUCAUUGGUCAAGGCUCGAUCCUUCUCAUCGAGGCUCUGCUGCAAUGGAAGUAUCUUGACACUAACAACAAAGCCGGUCUUGGCGCUUGUGUCGCAUUCCUCUACAUCUACAUGCUAUUCUUCAACCUCUGUACCGACGGGCCCUCGUGGGCCUGGACGGCAGAGGUAUUCCCAACGACUGCCCGCUCGCGAGGUAUUGGGCUCGGCUUGUUCUCCUACUUUGUCGGAACAAUUACCUACACGACACCCGGUGCUUUGGCAUUCAGAAAUAUCAAAUAUAAUAUGUUCUACCUCUAUUUCGGCCUGUGCAUGAUUUCAGCAGUGGUUAUAUACUUCUUCAUUCCUGAGACAAAGCAGAUCCCCGUGGAAGAACUCGGCGCACUGUUUGGGGAUGAGGUCGUGGUGCACCUUACUGCGGAUGGACAUGGUAUCAUGGAGGACAAGACUCUACCCGCGGAGGAUGUCAUUGAGGACGCUACUGUCCAGAGUGAAGAGAAUCCCGAGUCUGCGUGA